AUGACAAGACGAUCAGGAGAAGAGACAGUAGCUUGGAGGUAUUUUAAGAGAGAUGUUUUGCCACUUUCUGCGAUGAUCGCAGUGGAGUGUACAACGGUUGGAUCAACCACACUGUUCAAAGCCGCGACCUUAAGAGGAUUGAGCUUUUAUGUAUUUGUCUUCUACUCUUAUGUUGUUGCUACGCUUGUCCUUUUUACACUUUCCCUUAUCUUUGGAAGGUCAAGAAGAUUACCUUUAGCCAAAGCUCCUCUCUUCUUCAAGAUUUUCUUACUUACACUUCUCGGGCUCACGUCGCGGAUAGCUGGUUGUAAAGGCAUAGAAUAUAGCUCCCCAACUCUUUCCUCUGCUAUAAGCAACCUUACACCGGCUUUCACCUUCAUGCUUGCCGUCUUCUUCAGGAUGGAACAAGUAAUGUUGAGAAGCUCUGCAACUCAGGCUAAAAUCAUUGGCACAAUAGUAUCUAUAUCUGGUGCUCUGGUUAUUGUUCUUUAUAAAGGCCCAAAACUUCUUUUUGCUGCAUCUUUUACUUCAUUCGAGUCAAGUUGGAUAAUUGGAGGACUUUUGCUCGCUUUACAAUAUGUACUUCUUUCAGUGUGGUAUAUUCUUCAGACUCAGAUCAUGGAGAUAUACCCUGAAGAAAUAAGCGUAGUCUUCAUCUACAACUUCUGUGCAAUGCUAAUCUCAGCACUAGUAUGUCUAUUUGCAGAAAAAGAUUUGAAUUCUUGGAAGCUUAAACCGGGAACCUCACUCGCUGCAGUCAUAUAUUCGGGAAUCUUUGAUACAUCAUUGGGCUCAGUUAUCCACACAUGGGGUCUGCAUUUGAAGGGUCCCGUCUACGUAUCCUUGUUCAAGCCGUUGUCUAUCGCAAUUGCUGUCAUUAUGGCUGCUAUAUUCCUCGGCGAUGCACUUCACCUUGGGAGUGUGAUUGGAUCAGUGAUAUUGAGCUUUGGGUUUUACACUGUGAUUUGGGGAAAAGCAAGAGAAGAUGCAACCAAAAGGGUAAGUGAUUCUGAGCAGUCACUUUUGUCGCCUGCACACAACAGAGAAGAUGAAACCUUAUCAUGA